GUAAACCAAACAAACAUUACAUCCCAACCGCAUACUGUAGAUCGUAGAUUAGAGCUUCACCCCUUCCCCCUGAGGUGUGCCUGCAGGUAAAUAGAGGAACAGGCUGCAGAAGUGCCGGUGGGUCUGCAGAUCAGCAUCAACUCCUGAAAUGCACCACAACAAGCAAGGACGUUGUAGAGGCCGUGGUGGUGGUGGUGGUGGGCAUGGUCAGGGGCAUCAUGGCCACGGGCAUAAACAUGGAGGAUGUCACGGGCAUAAACCGGGCUGCGGAAAGGGAUGGAGGCGCAGGCACAAGUUGGGACACAAGCAUCGCAAGUGUCACAAGAAGGGGAAGGACUGUCAUGGGUCCUCUAGCAGCUCCUGCAGCAGCAGCAGCAGCAGCAGCAGUAGCGACUCUGACUAAAAGAUUCUUCGACCUAUUCUGCUGAGCCCUUCUGCUUUGCACAGUAAUCUCACAUGACAUUCUCAUUCAUUUGUCUUUUAAAAUCAAAAUGGCAAACAAGUUGUGCUAUUGUGCAUUGACAAGCUUUAUAUCUGUUGAAAUAAAUAUUUCACAUGGA